CGAGCUUCCAAAUUCUCUGGGAAGGACAUUUCAUGGGACUAUAUAUACCCUCUUGUCAAACUAGGCUGCCACCACACUCAUUUCUUUUUCUCUAUCUUUUGUUCUGCUCAGCUCGAUCUACCUACCUUGGUUCUUCUCUGUUCUGUUAUUUCAGUGCAGCAGCAGAAAAUGACCAUCCUCAUUGAGCAACCUGCCCUUGAGUUACAAGUUGAAGGCAACAAUGUGCAUGCUGAAGAAACCAAUGAGCUUGUAUUGGAAGGUGGAUUUCCAUUGCCAAAGGAUGGAUAUAUGGCCCCAGAAAUCAAUUCAUUUGGCCACUCCUUCAGAGAAUAUGAUGCUGAAAGUGAGAGGCAAAAAGGUGUGGAGGAAUUUUAUAGGUUGCAACACAUCAACCAGACAUAUGACUUUGUGAAGAGAAUGCGGGAGGAAUAUGGGAAAUUGGACAAAGCUGAAAUGGGCAUUUGGGAAUGUUGUGAGCUGCUGAAUGAAUUGGUAGAUGAGAGCGAUCCUGAUUUGGACGAACCUCAAAUUCAACAUUUGUUACAGUCUGCUGAGACCAUCAGAAAAGACUAUCCUAAUGAAGAUUGGCUGCAUUUGACCGCACUCAUCCAUGAUCUUGGAAAGAUUCUUGCGCUUCCUAGCUUUGGUGAGCUUCCUCAGUGGGCUGUUGUUGGAGAUACAUUUCCUCUGGGCUGUGCCUUUGAUGAGUCAAAUGUUCAUCAUAAGUAUUUCAAGGACAACCCGGAUUACAAAUGCCCUGCUUAUAGCACUAAAAAUGGGAUCUACACAGAAGGGUGUGGAUUAGACAACAUAGUGAUGUCAUGGGGACAUGAUGAUUACAUGUAUAUGGUUGCCAAGGCAAAUGGCACCACUUUGCCAUCUGCAGGAUUGUUCAUUAUCAGAUAUCAUUCUUUCUAUCCAUUACACAAGGAAGGUGCAUAUACUCACUUCAUGAAUGAAGAAGACGUUGAGAAUUUGAAGUGGCUCAAAAUUUUUAACAAAUAUGAUCUCUACAGCAAGAGCAAAGUUCUAGUUGAUGUGGAGAAAGUUAAGCCAUACUAUGUGUCACUCAUUGAGAAGUAUUUCCCUGCCAAGGUUAGAUGGUGAACCAUUUGAAUUCAAGCCAAGGUUUUGAGGAGAUUGAUAGAUAAUUAUUCUGGCGAGCGAGCAAUGUAUCAAAUAAUUUUAGUUCUUUUUUUCUUUUAUACAAGGAUUCAGACUGCACCUUAUUAUAUUGAAUUCACCCGCAAAAUUGCAAUCUUCAAAUAGUAAAAUUUCAUAUCCAGUCAAGAAAUAAAUAAAUGAUUUCAUAUUGCGAUGUCCGAA